CCUGCGCUCCCGCUCCUCCGCCGGCUCUCUCUCCGGCCUCCCUUCCCUCUGGUUUCAGCCCCGGCCCCCGCCUUCGGGCUGCCGGGUGGCCGCUGCUCGGUCAUGGCCAAGCUGCUGGCUCUCACCGUCCUGGGGCUGGCUCUGGCCUUUUUGGGGGAGAGAUUCGUGACCUUCAGACAAAGGAUGAAUAUCCCCCACCAGGUGCACGCAGUAGAACCUCCCAAAUGCCACCUAGUUCCAGGGCUAGACAAUGGCUCGGAGGAUAUCGACAUCCUGCCCAACGGGCUGGUCUUCCUCAGCACCGGGUUAAAAUAUCCAGGUAUGCCCAGUUCUGCGCCUGAUAAACCUGGAGCAAUCUUCCUGAUGGACCUGAAGGAGGAGGAACCGAGGGCCUGGGCCCUGCCCAUCAGGAAUGGCUUUGACGUGCAGUCAUUGAACCCUCACGGGAUCAGUGCCUUCGUGGACAAAGACGGCACCGUGUACUUGUAUGUGGUGAAUCACCCGCACAAGAAGUCCACAGUGGAAGUCUUCCGGUUUGGAGGCGAUGCUCUCUUCCACCUGAAAACCAUCAGGCACAAGCUGCUCUCCAGUGUGAAUGACCUUGUGGUUCUAGGCCCGGAGGAGUUCUACGCCACCAACGACCACUAUUUCACCAAUGAGUUCCUGGCCCAGCUGGAGCUCUUCCUGGACUUGCAGUGGACAAACGUGAUCUACUACGGUCCGGGCCAAGUCAAAGAGGUGGCCGCCGGCCUCAGCUUUGCUAACGGAAUCGCCAUUUCCCCGGACAAGAAGUACGUCUACGUAGCUGCGGUGACCGCUCACAGCAUCCACGUUAUGAAAAGGCUCGACGACGAGAAUCUGACUCAAGAGAAGGUUCUCCAUUUGGGCACGUUAGUGGAUAAUUUGUCUGUGGACCCCGCCACGGGCGAUGUUUGGGCAGGAUGUCACCCUAAUGGCAUGAAGCUGCUGCUGUACGACCCCGCGGACCCCCCUGGAUCAGAGGUGCUUCGCAUCCAGAACAUCCUCUCCCCAAAGCCCACCGUGACCACGGUCUACGCCAACAACGGCUCCGUCCUCCAGGGGAGCACAGUUGCCGCUGUGUACAAUCGAAAGAUGCUGGUGGGUACGUUGUUCCACAGGACACUGUACUGCCAGCUCUGACCUGGCCUCCCAGGGCUGGCGGACGGAGGAAGAAGGGGUGAGGAGCACAAAUAAAAAAGUACAGAAAA